AUGGAGAGAGCUAAGUUGCCUUUCAAGAAGCAUUUUUCAUGGAAUGGACGAAACAAAUCUGUUAUGGGGUUCAUGGUUGAUGAUAACAUGAAGGAGAAAGAAAGAAGAGGAAGAUUUUGUGAUUCUCCAAAGGUUCUACAGUGCAAUGAAUGCAAAGGUUUUGGGCAUGUAGCUGAUGAGUGUGCAAAUCUGCAGAAUCAGAAGAAAAAGACAGUCACCAAGAGUGAUUCUAAAAGUGAAUCUGAUUAUGGUGAGGAGCUAAAGAGUAUUGUGGCGUUCACAACCUUUAUGUCUGGUUCUAAGACGAAAUUUGCAGUGGGAUAUGCUUCAGCGUAUGUGUCAGGGUCUUCAUGUGGAGGUGAUGAUGAUGCUGGAAGUGAUGAUGAAGGUGGAACCUUUGAUCUUGCUGGGAAUUAUGAAAAGCUGUAUGAGCAUUGGCUCAAGCUGGUUGAGACGAAUUCAGAUUUGGCUAAGGAGAAAGCCAAGCUAGAAGCUCAAGUUGCUGAAGCUCUUAAGUAUGCUUCAGAGAAAGAAGAAGAAGCACGACAGGCUGGUGCUCAACUUGCAGAGACUCAGAAGAAUUUCAAGUUGCUGAAUAAUGGGACGAAUCAGCUAGAUCAUCUUCUCAGUAUUGGGCAAAGUGAUAGAUGUGGCCUUGGAUAUCAAGGAGAAUGUUUGAAAGCUGAAGGUGUUUUUGUACCAGCAGGUAAAACUAAGGAUGUAGCUACGUCUGAUACAAAGCCUGAGGUUAAGAGGUUUGCUGGGAAUGCAACAUAUAGGAAGACUGCAGUGAAGCCUGUAACUGAUGUGAAGAAUGUGACGGCUACGCGUACUGCUACAGCAACUGCUACAGCGACUACUCCAGAGAGAGUUUCUGGAUUGAAGAGUGGAUCUCAACAAAGGUUUCGGCCUGUUUGUCAUCACUGUGGUGUUGUUGGACACAUUAGGUCAAGCUGUUUCAAAUUAUUGAGGGAGAAGAAUCAGAUGGAGCAAGCUUAUGGUAUGAGAUAUCAUGGACCUAUAUGUUAUUCUUGUGGAGUUCAAGGGCAUAUGCGGCGUGAUUGUGUCAAGUCUGUUCAAGGAGCUAAUCAUGGAGGAUUUGGGCUCAGGAAUACGUGGUCUAGGAGAUUUGAUCACUAUGGAGAUGGUGGAAUGGGAUUUCCUCCUUACUUUAGAGGAUAUGGAUCUUCAUAUUAG